AAGUCUUAAUGCUGAUCUUUGAGGAGAGAUCUCCUGUGUGAGCGUGGACAUGGAGCAGACGUCAGCCUUCACGGUGCUUCUGUUUCUGCUGCUGGGAUCCUCCAGAGCUGCAGUAGAGGAGGAGAACCCAGAGUUCUGGAGGGCCCAGGCCAAACAGACGCUGCAGUCGGUUCUGGACAGACAACUCAACACCAAUGUGGCUAAAAAUAUUCUCUUCUUCCUAGGAGAUGGAAUGGGAAUCACAACCUACACAGCUGCUCGGAUCCUCAAGGGACAGCUGCAGAACCAGUCAGGGGAGGAGACGGUGAUGACCAUGGACACCUUCCCCUACGUGGGCUUAGCCAAGACCUACAGUGUGGACUUCCAGAUUGCAGACAGUGCAGCUACGGCUACAGCGUAUCUGUGUGGAGUAAAAACUAACCUGAACACAGUCGGGGUGAACGCUGCAGCUCGUAAUGGCGUCUGCAGAAGUCAGAAGGGGAACGAGGUCACAUCCAUCCUUAAGUGGGCCAAAGAUGCUGGUAAAUCUGUUGGAAUAGUAACAACAACUCGAGUUCAGCAUGCCACCCCAGCGGGCAGUUACGCCCACAGCGCCAGCAGGACGUGGUACAGUGAUGCUGACAUGCCAGAUUCUGCCAUAGGGGAGGGCUGCACUGACAUCUCAUCCCAGCUACUCAAAAAUGUUGACAUUGAUGUGAUCAUUGGUGGCGGCAGACAAUACAUGACUCCUUGGGGCACCAAAGACCCAGAGUACCCAGCUGAUUCCUCUUCUGGAGGCAAACGGCGAGACGGGCGCCACCUCAUCCAGGAAUGGCAGAAUAUGAAGAACGGAAAGGUAGCCCACUAUGCAUGGAACAAGACGGAGUUUGAUGCCAUCGACCCUGACACCACAGACUACCUCAUGGCUCUGUUUGAACCUGGUGAUCUCCGUUAUGAUGCGGAAAGAGACCCCAGCAUGGAUCCAUCCCUCAUGGAGACCACGGAGAAGGCCAUCCGCAUUCUGCAGAAAAACCCCAAAGGCUUCUUCCUGCUUGUAGAGAGCGGGAGAAUCGACCAGGCCCACCACCAAGGAAACGCCUACUUGGCGCUCCACGAGGCCGUUGCCUUUGACGAGACCAUUGCCCGGGCCCUGGAGCUCACCAGCGAUGACGACACUCUCACCAUCGCGACUGCUGACCACUCCCACCCUCUCACCUUCAACGGCUUUCCCUUCCGAGGGCAAAGCAUUCUGGGUAAAUCUCCACUGUGGGGCACAGACAUGCUGCCCUACACCACUCUGAUGUACGGCAACGGACCCGGACACAAAAUCGUUGACGGGAAACGGCCGGACAUCCGCAACGUCGACACGAACAGUAUGGAAUACAUCCAGCUUUCCGCAGCGCCCACGGAUUCCACCACCCACAGUGGGGAGGACGUGAUUGUCCUGGCCCGUGGACCCAUGGCCCACCUCUUCAGUGGGGUCCAGGAGCAGAACUACAUCGCCCAUGCCAUGGGCUAUGCUGCCUGUGUGGGUGCUGACCUGAGGCACUGCCAGGGGCCCAUCACACCACCUGUGGACUGA